AUGGGCAACAAGCUUGAGGACGACCCAGCAACUACGCUCCGAGAUGACCUGGAGGGCGUGCUGAAUUGGAAUCCUCCACGUUUCAAGCCGCGAAAGACUGGUCCACCACUCCCUGUCCAUCCUCUUCACUGGGCGUAUACGCGGCAUUUGGAUAGCAAGCUACUACUACGGUCUGUAGCGCCCAUAAAGUCGCUGGUGGACGAUUUGUCCCAGUUGGCUCAAGCCCAUCUGGACACAUUCCUCGACAACAACGAUCCAUACCCGAGCCAAGCUUUCGGUUUCAAUAUGCGGCAAAGUGCAAGGGACUUGGGGCCAGAGCAACUAGCGGAUAGCUAUGCUGAAAGUUGCGGGAAAGUCUCUUGCGGAAUUGCGACCAAGAUCUUGAUUCCGAAAAUACGUGAUUGGGGUGGCAGCGUUCGUUGGGGUCGGAGGAUUCAGCUUUACGGGACUCCCCCUGGUGUUGACGACAAUGGCCGUCUGCUAUUCCUUCAAGACCAGACAGGAAAACUGCACCUAUUUGGCGAUCAUUCAAAACUCAUUGAUCCAAAUUUGCACCGAGAUUUGGAGCGGGUUCUAUCCUACACUCCAAACAUUGGUACAUGGGUCUUUCUUUCGUUUUCUCGAGAGUCAAAGGAACUGUUGCUCGGUAUGGACCAGUUGGCCGCGAGAGGUAGCUUCAACUACCAACUGUGUCGAACCGUUGGUCCUGGUGCGAAUGUAUCAUCCAAUCCAGCCCCUCUAGAUGCGGAGUCGACCCCAUGGACACUUCCCACUUCAAGCAACAAACCAAGUCCCGAAAGUGUCCCAAGAACGCUACGGGCCACAACAGUCGCUGUAUCGAAAAAGCUGGAGGAGAGGGCGGCAAAACGAAUAAUUCCAUCAGUCCGACGACGACCAGAAACGACUGCCCAUGUCGCAACACCUCUGACAUCUGAAUCGCUCGUCCAACUCGCAUGGGCCAAAGCUGUGGAGAAUAAUGCAACAAUGAUAGUUUUUAACUCCGGUAAUCAUGAACGACUUGCCGUCCGCCAUCGAGGGACACAGACACUUUACAUAUCGGAACUGUACGAGAUCGCCAAGUGUAAAGAGCCUGGCUAUAUCAAGCUCCAUGUGGGCCUAUAUCUCGCACAGGUUUUUGAUGCCAUCGCUCGGUCCAAAGCUGCCAGCGAGCACACGGAACCUCGCAGAAGCAAUCGGAAACGUCCAAACACGGAAAAUACUACUACAUCAUCGCCUCCUACCAAACGCUUCAAGCAAAGCGCCGAGAACAUUUCACCUGAGCUCCCGAUGGCGCUUGCCAGCCAGCGCGACAUGAUGUUACUGCAUCUGCAGUAUGACAUUUAUUAUUCUCCCGCUCCGGCCUCGUUCUUUCGAACGACACAAUGUCUUGUUCACAAGUCCAACCGACAACCAGCAUACUCUACCCAGAUUAAACGCUCUUAUCAACCUUACGAGACUUUCGACAUCGUUCUAACAAGCCGUAUCGGUAGUGGCGCAACCGGGACAGUUCACGGAGCAACGGCUCGUAUGACAACGAAAGACGGGCAGAGACUGACCGAGGAGAACCUGAUCGUCAAAAUGGCAUUCAAAGAGCGGCCCCAACGACGAAUGCGACACGAAUACGAAGUCUAUAAACAUCUGGCGGAACAUGGAGUUACUGGUGUCCCACGAAUCUAUGGGCUGUUUGAGGACCUCGAAGGAGGUGCUAUCGCACUUGUUAUGAGCAAUUGUGGCCAGGAUCUAUGGCGGUUGCGUCCGGACAAAUCAAAGGCACGGACGGCUGUUACACCCGCCCAGAGUAAUCGGUUUACCGAGAUUCUGGAGAACGUGCAUCGCGCUGGGGUUCGUCAUCAUGAUAUUCGGGCCGAAAACCUCAUGAUUGACUCUGCCGGCGAAGCGUUUAUCGUCGAUUUUGAUCGUGCGCGUUUGAAUCCAAGUGAGGGUAAGAAGAAAUGGGAGAUGGACAUUCUCCAAAUGCUUAUGGAGGGAAUCCACCACGACUUCUCGAUUGCUAGCCCUUUUAUGCCAGGUGACGAGCAAGAAAUAUGGUCUCAGACGCCCGUCUCUGUGCGCUCCAGAUUUUGGAGCGAGGAAUCGGGAGAGGAUUCAGAAGUGGACAGCCAGGAGAGUGAGGAAGAUGCUGGUGAAAGGCGUGCGUUGCAUCCUCGUAACCCUCCCCAUGCCAUCUACAACAAGCAUAUCGACCAAAAGCUGCUCCUACAACGUGUCAUGCCACUAGGCUCCUUGGUGAAUGAUAUAUCUGGGUUUGCUCAGGAGCAACUAGACUCCUUGAUGGCGCAACUUGUGUCAACCGAGCAGGACAUACUCCCGGGUGACGAAUUGGCACAAUUUUGCAAUGAGUAUGAAGAGCUCGACACAUGCUGGCCGCAGGAGCUAGCGGAACGCUACCAAGAAACUUGUUCCUCUAUCUGCGCCCGCAUUGCGAGUAAAGUGUUGGUGCCAAGCAUGCCUGGGUGGAAACCGAGCUUCUAUUGGGGUCGAUGGGCAGAACCAGACAGAUAUCCAACUGGGUUGGAUGACAACAGUCAUCUUUACUUUUCCAAGAAUGACUCUGGAAAAAUUCGCUUUUCAGAGGCCAUCUCUGAGGCAAUGGAACCAAGUUUGCGCGAGGAUUUGGAACGAGCCGUCGCUUCCACCCCGAAGAUUGGCACUUGGAUACUGUUGUCUUUCACGGAGGGAUCGGAGACACUUCUGGCGAAGAUGGAACCGACAUUGCUCCAAGAAACCUUUCGCUACGGACUCUGCGAAACGGUCUAUCCUGUAUUCAAUUGGUCAUCGAGGGUUAUGCCCCGAGACGCGCCAUCAAGGGCUUGGAAACUCCCCCCGACUGGGUUUGUGCCUGCGGGCAUGAUUGCGCGCAGAAAUCUCCGAGCAAAAACGCUGGCUGCGUCGAAACAAAGUCGAGAUGCUGCAGGACGAGUGGUCCCAUCGGCUCGUAAACGUCCCGAAACAACUGCUUAUGUCGCGGCCCCCCUAACACCCGAGUCACUUGUUCAGCUUGCGUGGGCUAAAGCGGUUGAGACAGAUUCAACCAUGAUUGUCUUUAACUGCGGUAAAUAUGAACGGCUGGGUAUUCGCCACCGAGCAACCCAAACGCUCUAUCUUUCAGAACUCUACGACAUCACCAACUGCGAACCGGGGUACAUUAAGCUUCAUGUGGGCAUAUACCUCGCGCAAGUUCUUGACGCCAUCGCCCGGGCCAAAGCCACGAGCAACCAUACGGAGCCUCGUCGAAGCAGUCGUAAGCGUCCAAACGCCGAUGUCGUCGUACCGUUACCGUCAAAUAAACGCUUUAAACGAGACCCGAAACAGGGUUCCUCACAGCCCCCGAUGGAGCUCGCCAGCCAGCGCGACCUGAUGCUGCUACACAUACAAUACGGAAUAUACUAUUCUCCGGCACCAGCAUCGUUCAUUCGAGCAACGCCGUGCCUUGUUCACAAGACGAAGACAAAGCGAAAAGCAGGAUAUUCUGCACCAAUCAAGCGGUCUUACGAGUUUUACGAGUGUCUCGAGGUCGUCCUUACAAACCAGAUUGGCAAAGGUGCAACAGGUACCGUUCACGGAGCAACAGCUCGUCUGGCUGCCAAAGACGGACAGACGUUGUUUGAGGAGAAUCUCGUCGUCAAAUUAGCUUUCAGGGAGCAGCCCCAGCGACGGAUGCGUCACGAAUAUGACAUCUACAAGCAUCUGGCAGAACAUGGCGUCGCUGGUGUUCCCCACGUCUACGGGCUAUUUGAGGACCUCGAAGGAGGGGCCAUCGCACUCGUCAUGAGCAACUGCGGGCAAAACCUGUGGGAUUUGCGUGAGGACAAAAGCCACUGA